UCAUGACCCAGCCAAGUUGACAGAUAUUUCUGGGGGACACAAUUCAAUCCAUGACAGUAGUCAACUCGCAGAUCGGUCUGGGAACCUCCCAGAGUAUAAAUAACUUAACCUCAGGGCCCUAUCUGGAAUGUCCUUUGGGCUAUUCUGGAUCCCAUAAGUUCCUGGGAAUCAGGUGAAUGUAGGCCUGGAGAAGGGUCUUGAUUCAUAGUUGUCACCCACCCCUCUCUACAGUCCCUAGACCUGCUGUUUGCAAAUGCAGAUGGAUGUUGGCCAAGUGAGGAGGUUAUGGCAGCUUAAAAAAAAACAAGCCAAACCUGUUGCCAUCGAGUCAAUUCCUACUCAUAGCGACCCUGUGGGACAGAGUAGAACUGCCCCAUAGAGUUUCCAAGGAGCACCUGGUGAAUUCGAACUGCCAGCCUUUUGGUUAGCAGAUGUAGCUCUUAAUGACUACACCAGAAGAAAUCCAGGAAUUUUAGAGCUGGGAAACUUCUUAAAAAUCUUCAAGUUUAGUCUCUAUUUUGCAGAUGAGGAAACUGAUGCCCAGAGUAAGAAUUAUACCUUCUUACACUCUAGGAAUUUCUCCCUCAACAUGCUGUAUAGCUGGUCAUCCAGAGGAUGGGGCUGGGGAACUCAUAACAUCUAAAGAAAAGCUAUUCUAAUGUAGGACAGUUCUAAUUAAAAUGAAUUAACUAAGUUGAAAUCUACUUCCUCGUAACUUUUAUCUUCUCAGUUUUUCUAAUUAAUUCCUCUCCUAUGUAACAUCCUGCAAGGUAGACUUUCUCAAAUCCCCAAAUUAGCAAAUACCAGUAAAGAAUAAAAUUUCCCUAACCAAAGUGAAGUAUGACUGAAAAAUACCUUUAUUGAUUCUAUAAAGACAGGGCAUUCUACGCUUUCAUGUAUCCAAAACUUCUUUUUCUAGCUAAGAACUGCAACUUUCUGGUUUACUCUACUUUCUUUUCAUUUCUGUUACUGCCAGUAGCAUUUAUCUCUUUUCAUGCUGCUUUUUAUAAAGAAACAUACAUUUUAUCAUUUUGUAAGUAUGACUGUGUAAAACUGUAAGGAAAGAGCAGCAGAUGGGGCUGAAAGGACUGGACUUGCCUGCAGCCUCAGUCUCUGGUUUCUCAUUUCACAUUUGCUAGCUGUGAUGGGCCUCUCCAUUUCUACUGUCUUUCUCAGCCCAUGAAGAACUUCCCAAUUGGUCUUCUUACCACAAAACUGCUCCUGCCCAAAUAUAACUUCUGUUAAAAUGAUCUGUCCAAAUGCAGAUUGACCCAUGUCACUUCCUUGCUUUAUUCAGUUGUUCCCCAAUCCCAGAGCUCCACACAUUUUCCACUAAAGUGCUACUGAUUAUAGAGGAGCCUUUCUCAACUGGAAUUCCAUGAGAGAAUUAAACCCUAAUGCCCUUAGUCAUCCAUUGUAUGUAAUGGAUUAACUUUUCUCCUGUGCAUCUAGAAUGGUGCUAGUUGUGUACAGUCUUGAAGAGAAUUGAGAAAAUAGUCACUCUCGUCAUUUGUUCUAUGGUUCCGAUGAGCAAUCAGGUGUGAAAGAAUGGAGAGAGAUGGUAUAUGCUCUUCAGGAGGUCCAGGAGCAUAGUUGGGAGCAGAUUCCAGUAACCAAAUUUCAUUGAAGUCUAGGGUUUCAUCUUUAAAUGUUUUAUAUCAGUAUUGCAUUCUACUAAUAUGUCCAUGGUUAAAAGUGUUUUAAGUAUUUAUCAAUGAUUAAAAUUUAUUCUACAGCAAAGUUUGCCUAGUCUGGUAGAUCUACAAAUAACUGCGUUUAUUUAUAUAUUUUUUAAGCCCUGUGGUGGGCAUUUUAUAUUAUUUAAUGUCUCUAGAAACUUUGCCCAGGAUCACACAGCUAGUUGUCAGAGUCAGAAUUCUAACCCAAGUAUGUUUCAACUCCAAAGUCCAUGUGUUUUCUAUAACUUGAAGCUGAAUUGAGAGAUUCCAGAGCCUGAAAGUCUUCACCCAGUUCUACGUUUAUCUUCACCUGUCUAGAACACCAUAUAAUACAGGAUUUUUUUUUUUUCUUGGUCAAGUUACUAUUGUGGUUCAGAUCAUGCAUAAUUCAGACUACUUCUGCAGGAUGCAACCCACCCUUGAUUAUCUAAAAAGAAAAAUUAAUGUUGACGGAGGUAUUUACAUAUAACAGAAUCUUGUCUCUCUUUGGUGCCUUUAAAACAAAUUAGAUGGCUUUUUUUAUAGCAGAUUUACUUUUGUCAUUGUUUUAGAAAUUGAUGUAUGUUGACGUAUUGUCAUUUCUUGAGUCCUUUCCAGCUGGUUAUAGGAGCUGGCUUUUUUGGCAAGAGGAAGCCAUUUUGGUUGUGAAAACUUGGUUUCCAGGUAAACCCCAUCCAGAUGACAUAGAGUUUACUCCAUUUGUGUCUGCUUACCUAAGGCACAUGGGAAAGCAUUAAUGCUAAAGUACCAAGGUGUUAGAAAUUGUCACCUCCCUGCCCACCCCAUCUGAAAUUUACCUAACCAUUUUGUAUCCAGUUUCCGUUAGAUGUCGAGAGAAAAAGUCUGAAAUGCUCUGGCAGUGGCCAGGUCCAGCCCAGAAUUAGGUGGUCUGGUUCCUUUAGUUCCUCUGAGAAGCUAGAACAACUACUCAAAUGAUUGCUAAUGGAGCCUAUAGUAGCUAUUUUUGGUCUGAGCUGACUCCAUCCCUGAAUUUCGGGUUCUUCCAGAAAACCUGAUACUUGGAAAUCUAGGGGCAUCCAGAAGAUGAUUUAUAGAGGGAGUCCUGUGAGGUUCUUUUGUUUUAUAGCCUUGUUUCCUGUUCAAAGCUCUCUUUUCACCGUGUAUUACAUCUUAGUGCCUGAUAGCCUUUACAUUAAGUAAAGAAGGGAAAGAGUUAAACAGGAAGCGAAAGUCCAGAAUUUGGAUUAGAAAACCUGUUGAGUCAAAGGGGAACUUAGCAGAGGAGCAGAAUGGAAAUUAUUUCCUUAGACAGUAGACAAAUAUUCAGGAAACACCUCUGCACCCCCAAAGAUAGGCACAGCUGCCACACAGUGACUUACAGGGAGGUUCAAAGUUAUGAGCAAACAGCUGAUUCUCUUGGUUCUUAGGCUGUUGCUGUUGGUGACAGGAAAUCUUGUUCCCGAAGCUGCUGGCUUCCUGUUUUAUUUUUACUCUUAGCAGGUCAGAAUGUCCAUAACAAGGAGCAGUCUGUUCCAAGGGGUUCUGCUCCCCUUUUGAGCCUGAAGCGUUUUUUUUUUUUUUUUUUCCCCUUUUGGUCAGACAAUAUGUUGUUUAGCUUUUAAAAUCUGUGAUGUUUAGCUUGAUUUAAGCAUUUUGUAUUCACAGUCAACUUUUUUGAUGAUGAGCUGGUGUUUUAAGAUUUAAUGUAAGUAAACCUCUGUUUUGCCUUUUUUGGAGGAGCUUGCAGUAUUGGGGACUUGGGUAUGUUACCUUUAUGCUUUACCUUUUUAUUUGAAGCAAAUUUGCCACUUUCCCCAGCACAAAAACAUUAGGCCGUUUUAGAUUUCUUUAGUUUCACAGGAUAUAAAAACAGGACUAGUGCAGUGUGCCUUGGCUGUGGUUAUAUUCAUUUUGUUGAGACUAAAACCUUCUCCUGUUCUCGUAAAGCUAGGAAUUUGGUAACCUGAAUCUAAAACAAUAGCUCAGCAUGAACCUGAAGUGCUGGGGGAUUUCCUAGGGAAAGGGGCUCAGCCGACAGGAUAAGAAACAGUAACUGGAAGGUUUCCGGAUCUGCUCCAGACACUUCCUGCUGUCUUAAGAGCCUUUUGGCCCAGGUGUAUUGAACCGGAUGGCGGGGGAGAAAGGGAACUGUUGAGUAGAAGAGAAAGGAUCAGGGAAUCUUAUAGCACAGUUUGCUCCAUCACAUUUGACAUACUGAACAUGUAAAAUUUUUCUUGAUAUUCUUUCAUCCUGUCAGUUUACCGACUAAACUUUAGUACUGUUAAUAGAUACUGGCGGUAAGUAUUUAGUUGUACAUUAACAGUCAUCCAUCAAGGAAGAACUGGAGAGGUUAUGUCCUGAUGUAUAUCGGUAGAAUCACUAUUGGCAGCUUGAUUUCAUUGUGGAGAUUAUCAGAUGACAGAAGCUUCUUUCUGAUCCUUAUCAUUGAUGGCCUAGAAUCUGAUCUGUCCCGGUUAUGGACACCCCAAGGAUAGGAUCUGUACCAUCUAGUGCCUGCUGAUGGGCUGUUCUCUGACCAUGCCUUUUUGGCUCUGGAGACUUGUUGGUUGGAGAAGUAGGUGUCAUUUUAAGGUUUUUAUGCUGCCUGUGUGCCUCAACUAGCAGUCACCAGCUCUGAAUUUCUAGACUCAUCCAGCAAGCCUUCUAAUGGCAAAGCUUUAAGAAAAAGGCUUAAAAGCAAAGGAAAAAAAAAAAAGAUGGGUUGGAAAGAAGGGGAGAAAAGAUUUUUAAAGCUGUUUUAGAUCAGAGCAAGACAAAAAAAAGGCUCACACAGCCCUAGUGUGCCUGGAAUUUGCGGUUGAGUAAUACUUUCCUGUUAUUUCUUUUUUAGGUUGUUUUUCAUCAUUCAGAACAUUGCCUGAAGCAGGUCCACCAUGCCGUUAGUAACGAGGAACAUCGAGCCAAGGCACCUGUGCCGUCAGACGUUGCCUAGCGUUAGAAGUGAGCUGGAAUGCAUGACCAACAUCACCCUGGCAAAUGUCAUCCGACAGCUGGGCAGCCUGAGUAAAUAUGCAGAGGACAUUUUUGGAGAGCUCUUUACUCAGGCAAAUACCUUUGCCUCUCGGGUAAGCUCCCUUGCUGAGAGGGUCGACCGCCUACAAGUUAAAGUCACUCAGCUGGAUCCCAAAGAAGAAGAAGUGUCGCUACAAGGAAUCAACACCCGAAAGGCCUUCAGAAGUUCUACCAUUCAAGACCAGAAGCUUUUUGACAGAAACUCUCUCCCAGUGCCUGUCUUGGAAACAUACAACACCUGUGAUACUCCUCCACCUCUCAACAAUCUUUCCCCUUACAGGGACGAUGGGAAAGAGGCACUCAAAUUCUACACAGACCCUUCAUACUUCUUUGAUCUUUGGAAGGAGAAGAUGCUGCAGGACACCAAGGAUAUCAUGAAAGAGAAGAGAAAGCAUAGGAAAGAGAAGAAAGAGAAUCCAAAUCGAGGGAAUGUGAACCCACGUAAAAUCAAGACACGUAAAGAAGAAUGGGAAAAAAUGAAGAUGGGACAAGAAUUUGUGGAGUCUAAAGAAAAGCUGGGGCCUUCUGGGUAUCCACCCAACUUGGUGUACCAGAAUGGCAGCAUUGGCUCUGUUGAAAACAUGGACGCAGGCGGCUACCCACCACCACCACCGCAGUCAGACUCCACUUCUCCACCUUCUCCUUCCUUCUCUGAGGACAACUUGCCUCCCCCACCAGCCGAAUUCAGCUACUCAGCAGACAACCAGAGAGGGUCUGGCUUGGCUGGACCCAAAAGAUCCAGUGUGGUCAGCCCGAGCCAUCCACCACCAGCUCCUCCCAUGGGCUCUCUACCAGGCCCCAAACCUGGGUUUGCCCCACCACCUGCCCCUCCACCUCCACCUCCAAUGAUUGGUGCCCCACCCCCACCGCCACCUGCAGGAUUUGGGACUCCAGGGACCCCACCACCACCUUCACCCCCAUCAUUCCCACCUCACCCCGAUUUUGCUGCCCCUCCACCUCCUCCCCCUCCUCCAGCAGUUGACUACCCAACUUUACCACCCCCUCCCUUGUCCCAACCAGCAGGAGGAGCACCUCCCCCUCCGCCACCUCCUCCUCCUCCGGGGCCCCCUCCUCCCCCUUUCAGUGGUGCAGAUGGCCAGCCUGCCAUGCCACCACCACUUUCUGAUGCCCCCAAACCCAAGUCCUCCUUGCCUCCUGUGAGCGAUGCCCGCAGCGACCUGCUUUCAGCCAUCCGUCAAGGCUUUCAGCUGCGCAGGGUUGAGGAGCAGCGGGAGCAAGAGAAGCGGGAUGUCGUGGGCAACGAUGUGGCCACCAUCUUGUCACGUCGCAUUGCUGUUGAGUACAGCGACUCAGAGGAUGACUCCUCUGAGUUUGAUGAGGACGACUGGUCAGAUUAACUCUUCCUGCCUGCUGCCCACCUCUUUUUUCUUUCCUUCCUACCUGCCUUCUUUGAUGUCUUCUCCAGCCAUACCUUGGAAGAAAAAAGGGAGGAACAAAGAAUUUCAAGAGGCCAAAGCCUUCCCCGAAGCAACCAAAGAUGUAUCCAAGGGCUUCCUCCAAAUCAACGUGUAUUUCCCUUGCCCCCAUAGUCAGACCCCUUAGGGCUCCUUGGAUUCAGUAGCAAAAAUGUUUCCUCCUCCCUUAAACUGCCUGUUGCGUAUUGAAGGGAAGGAAAAAUCCCAAAGGAGAUCCCUUUGAUUGGGUUGAGAUUGGAGAUGGUGCCUUCUCCGAGGAGCCGUUUCCAAACUGGUCUUCUUCCAGUCCUUGCCCUCAGCUGCUUUGAAUAAUGCCAGCCAUCUUCUGUCCUAAAGCAGUGAGAGUGGUCUGCAUGACACAGCUGGCCCCUUUCCUGUGCACUGAGAGGGCAAAGCAGGCUGCAUGCCCCAGCAACCAGACUACCACGCCCUUCUGCACUGAUCUGCUGGGCAGGGCUGCCUUUCACUAAGCCAUCUCUAUGCCUGGGAUGCCCUUUAUUCCAGGAGGCAUCCAGUCCCUAAAGAAUGUCUCACCCCCCUAAGUCCAGAAAUGAUGCCUUUCUAAAGACAGAUUGUUCAGUGCCUCCCUUCCAGCUUCCCUGUUGGUGAAUGUGGUGUUCAGGUUUCCCUUAAGUGCUCCUUCCUCACCCCCCGGUGCCUUCAAGUACUGCAGCCCAGUCCUAACCUCUAAUACCCGUGACCAAACAAGCCCUGACACACAGGGAUCUGGGCCUGUGUUGGCUGUCAGGAGCAAAGCUUAGAGACUUGCAACUGCAGGACUGGAAGGACGGUGGAACUCCGUGGGUCCCUCCCUCUUAAGGAUAUUGAGGCCUAGAGAUAGGAAGUGACUUGCUCAAGGUCACACAGUUGGAUGAUGACAGAGCUAAAGCCCAGAGUUCCUGAUUCCAAGUUACCUGUGCUUUCUGAGACCAAAUAGUGGGCACCUGCUGGAGUCUGGGCAGAGCUGUCUUGGCUCGCUGCUACUCCAGACCUCACCAUAGGUGGGAGUCCCAGCAGGAGGGCUCAGGGCCUGUGCCAGCCCUGUCAUUGCUGCUCAGACCCUAAGAACCUCUCCUGUAAUUCUUUGCUGUCCCUCUCCCCCUGCCCCAUCACCAGCCAACCACAUGGCCUUGGGAGCUGCCUUUCUGGGGACCAGAGGUAGUGAGAGAAGGAAAGGGGUAGCAGCUUUGACAGGUGCUGUUUUCAAUUCCUCUGCAACUCCUCCCUCUUUUAUUUCCCCAAUUUAAGCAUAGGUUCUGCCAACUGUACAAACUUCAGUCCCUCAGGCUGGCAGCUACUGCAGGUAUCUGCCUAGGGGGGCCUGGCAGCCUUGAGGAGGGCUGAAAGGCAGAAGGACUCUGGGCUUUGUUGCUGGCCCCCCUGCACAUGGUGAUGUCCCUUCUCCCUCCUCCACCUCUCUCCCAGAGCUAAUACACAGGUGCUAUUAUUCAAAAAAACUGGUGAGCUCUGGCUGACAUUGAGGUUCCCUCUCUUCUGCCCUAACUAUUAUGUAGCCUCUUAUGCUGAAAUCGGCUUCUCCUGGCUUCUCUGGCUUUCAGAGCCCUGAAACAAAGAGAAACAGGGUCUGUCUCUACCCAGCACAGCAAAUGGUUGUAGUAAUUGCCAAAGCCCUGUAAACCCCUCUGGCUUGAGGAGAGUGUGUAUAAUCAUGGGUACUGCUGCUGUGCUCUGCUGAAUGCUUCCCCUCUGCCUUCGUUCCUUGAACUUGGGGUGUGGGGACUGAGCCUGUAAAUGCCAGCUUGCCCUCCUGCCGUGGCUCUCCAGAGCAUGCCCCCUCCCUCUCCCCAGAUCAGGUGUCUCUGGCACACGGCUGGCACCAGGUUCCACUGCUGAGCAUAUCAGCCCUGUGUGCCCCCACCUUGCUUCCCAGCCUACACUUUGGAAGCUGAAGGUGCUUUCACCAGAACCCUAAAAUGGCUGUUGAAGAUGCCCCUGGCUGCAGCCCAGCAGUGGCUGGGAGAGGCAGGCAGAGGGCAGCGGUUCUCCCAAAUAGGAGUCCUGGGGCCUGGCCAGGCCAGGGUUUUGGCCUAAUGGCUUUGACUAAAUUACCCCUUCCCCUCCUUUCCAGAAAAGGGGAAGCCAGCGCCACUUUCUAUCAUUCUGCUCUGACCUUGAAGGGGGCGGUGUUGGCCUGGCUUCUGGAAUGGACAGAGUCCACAGUGGAAAGGGCUGGGGGCAGGAGGAGGUGGGGAGGGGCACUGCCUGUGGAAGGUAGGAUUAGAUCAUUAGCUCAGUGACCUCCUAGGGUUUCGAUGUGCUGUGUUCUCAUCCUACAGCUGGUUUGGUAAUGAUCUGCAAGUCCCGGAGAGCAACAGCACAGCUCUGCCUGACGGUCUCAUUAAAAUCUAUGCAGCCAAGCUCGGCGCUUUGUAGCAGGCGGCCUUGCGAAGCCUUCUCAGCUCAGCUCGGUGGCUGGGACCCAGUCAGCCGAGAGGCCCUCUGGGCUCUACUUAUGCAUAUGUGCACCUAAAAAAAAAAAAAAAAAA